AUGUUUCCCACAAAAAUUUUAUUUCUGAAAGGGGUUAUGCCCUCGUCUUUGUUUAAAUGUUAUUUAGGAACAGGCAAUAAAUUUACUUUUCUUCAGCAAAUUAAGUUUAUUUCAACAUCUCCAUUUAAACCAAAUUUAUUUAUUUUGCGGAGGCCAAACAAUACUUUUUUCAAAAUAAAUUUUAAACAAAAUAAUGCUUAUUUUUCUUCGUCUCCAAAACAAUCUAGUUGGUUUCAACGAUUUUUAUCAAAAUUUGAAUCUGACUCAACAGCUGUUUAUUAUAUUUCAGGGUUUGUUAUUUAA